AUGGUGCAGAUGAUGGAGUCGCAGUGUGAAUAUUUCAUGUAUUUCCCGGCGGUGCCCAUCACGGAUCUGUCGGACCCGGCCCGCUACCGCACUCUGCCCCGCCGCAGCCACCUCUACCUGGGAGAGACGGUCCGCUUCCUUCUGGUGCUGCGCUGCAGGGACGCGGGGUUGACGCCGACCGAGCACGGCCCCGCAGGGGGCGCCGAUGGUGCAGCAGCGGGUUUUGGGACGGAGUCAGCCAGUAGCCAGGCGUGGAGGGAGCUGGCCGGCUCUCUGUGUGCCGUGGCCAGCGUGAGUCCAGGUGAGAGCAGCCGCCACCGUGGCAACCACCAACUGCAUCACCAUGACUACCAGAGCAGCGGGGACGAGGCUAACGAAGACGGCGAGGAGGACUACAUCGCGGCAGCAGAGGCAGCGAUCGCAGCGCUCGGCAGCAGGGUGGACUCACGGUGUCGAAGCUUCAGGGACUGCAAACCACUGCUCAUCCACAACUCAUCUGGCACGGCUUCGAGGGAGUUCCGCAGGGCACCUGUUCAGUCCCCUUUGGACGAGCCUGUGGUUUUGACGGAUGAAGUGAUCUUCCCGCUCACCGUCUCUUUGGACAAACUCCCUGUCAGCACCCUGAAAGUCAAGGUGAUGGUCACCGUGUGGAAGAAGGAGGCGGAGAAAGCGGAGGUGCAGGAACUCGGCUACCUGAGCGUUCUGCAGCAGCGAGAACCGACACACACCUUCAGACACGACCUGAACACCUUCAAGGCUCAGGUUAGCACCACCCUGACCGUCCUGCCACCUCCAACCCUCCGCUGUAAGCAGAUGACCGUGUCUGGGCGGCACCUCGCCGUCCUCAAAGUCCUGAAUGAGUCCUCUCAGGAGGAGGUGAGUAUCCGGGACGUUCGGAUAUUACCGAACAUGAACGCCUCCUACCUUCCCAUGAUGCCGGACGGCUCAGUGCUGCUCGUGGACAAUGUGUGCCACCAGUCGGGGGAGGUCGGCAUGGCUUCCUUCUGCAGGGUGGACAGCCUGGCCUGCCGCCUUCCCAGCAUGCUCAGCGCUUUGGAGGAGCACGACUUCCUGUUCCAGCUGCACCUCAAUGACGUGCCGCAGGACGACUCUAACGAGGGCUUGGAGGUUCCCCUGGUCGCAGUGCUGCAGUGGUCAACUCCCAAGAUGCCUUUCACCAACUGUAUCUACACUCACUACAGGUUGCCCAGUAUCCGUCUGGACCGGCCACGCUUCGUCAUGACAGCGAGCUGUCCGAGCACCGUCAGGGUGAAGGAGCACUUCAAAGUCAAAUACGUUCUGCUCAACAACCUGCAGGACUUCCUGGCUGUGCGGCUUGUGUGGACUCCAGAGGGUCAGUGUGUGUUACUGAAGCUGCAGGACAGAGUUCGUCGCGCUCAGGGGGAGGAUGCGACGCUGGCCGCCGUCGUCUGUCACACUCCUCUCAGUAACCUUGGUCACUGUCGGAAAGGAAGCACUCUGUCCUUCAGCGUGGCCUUCCAGAUCCUCAAACCAGGACUGUACGAGCUGAGUCAGCACAUGAAGCUGAAGCUGCAGUUCACAGCCUCCGUCUCCAACCCUCCACCCGACGCUCGGCCCCUGUCACGGAAAAACAGCCCGUCCAGCCCGGCGGUUCGAGACCUGUUGGACCGACACCAGGCCAGUCUGGGUCGAUCGCAGUCCUUCUCCCACCAGCAGCCGUCUCGAUCCCACAUCAUGAGGACGGGCAGUGCCAUGGAGCGCCGGGCCAUCACGCCUCCCGUCGGCUCUCCGGUUGGUCGGCCGCUCUACUUGCCGCCUCAGGACAAAACGCUGCUGUCGCUGGACAAGAUCGCCAAGAGGGAGUGCAAAGUCCUGGUGGUGGAUCCUGUCAGCUAGGAUGUAAGGAAGCAAGGACGCAAGGAGGGAUAGACAGGAAAGGACAAGGAGGCAGUGAGGAGAGGCUUUUAAAAAAAGAAAAAAAUGAGUCGAUGAAAAGAAAAAGAGAAAAAACAGAA